CCGCCCCAGCGAGCCAGCGCAGGCGCCGCGAACCCCCGUGGAUCCCUGUUUGUGCGGCGGCUGCUGCAUUGCGCCGCGUACGGCGGGGACCCUUGCAUUGUGGAACAACUGCUGCAAGGCGGCGCCGCAGCCCAAGACUGCGUGCCUGAACAGACAGGGCCGAUUACAGCAGAGGCGGUUGCUGCGGAUGACAGCGCCACGGCGCUGCACGUGGCGGUCCUCCAAGGGCACGUGCAUGUGACAGCCCUGCUGCUGCAGCGUGGCUACGACGCAGGGCUGCCUGGACCUCACGGCCUUACCCCACUCCACUUGGCGGCUCUGGGCAGCGUGCAAACGUCGUCGAAGCGCCAUGCCGCCGCCUUUGAUGGUAGGCCGCAUGCCCAACCGCCUGCGUCGUUCGGCGGUGGCGACAUUGUGGGGUGGCUCUGGCACCCCUGUCAGCAGCCAGGCUCGGCCCAAGCAGGAGGGCCUGCCAAGCCAAGCCAGGCGGCAGUUCAGUUUGGGGGCAGCCUAGAGCAGCAGAGGCAGCAGCAGCAGCAGCAGCAGCAGCAGCAGCAGGACAGGGAUCAGCAGCAGCCGGACUCACUGCAUCAACAGCCGGCCCCACGGCGGAGUUAUGAGGAGGUGUGUCAGGCCCUUGUGGCGGCGGGAGCUGAUGUUCUAGCUCGAGACAACGAUG